AAAAAAAAUGCAACAAAAAUGAAUGGCAUAGCCAUCGCGAUAUAUUUUUAAAUAGAACAAUUCAUUCAGUUUGUUUUGUUAAACUACACGAUCACAUUUAUGUGGUCGCUCAAAAUUUUUGUGUAAUAUUUAACAAUAUAGUAAAAAAGGCAAAAAAAAAUGGGUAAUAGUCCAUGUAAUACAAAAUCUAAAUUUAAAAUUUGCAAGCCCCAAGUGCACAAUGUCAAAAGCCGGGAACUGAAAGGAGGAAUUUUGUACACCGACUGCUUCUGUUUGCGUCGAAAUGGACUGCAAUACGACUGCAAAAGGACUGGGUGCCAGAAUGGGCCGCUGUGCGAGUGUCUCCCUGCGCCGCUGUGCAGGCCCGCGGAUGUGGCGUGUGAAAGACAUCGUAUGAAUCCACACGCAGAAGCCCUAACUGCGAUUUGCAAAAUGCGGAAAUAAAUUCUGUAUAAACCCAGGUUGCGACAUAUGUAUAGCUGAAAGAAACUUUUUGAAAGCAAAAUUGAAAAAUUCGAUUCAAAUAUAGAAGCCAGAAAAAAUAUUCACAAGAUUUGAAAGAAAUGACACAGAAAUAAUUUUGGUCUCAUGUCGUACUAAUGUAUUUUUGAUAUAAAUUUUAUAAAAAUCGAAUAGUUAAUAAAAUUCUAAAUUAUACAAGUAACAAUAUCUAUGUAAUUUAAAAUAAAAUUAUUUUGAAAUUAAUUUAUAAAACUCCCCUUCUCUCUGAUUUUUUACAAGAUCGGACCGUAAUCACUUUUGUUCACAAUGUGUUCCCCUUGUGGUCCAAUGGUAUGUUACAAAUACGAAGACUGCGGUCCACCGAAGGGAAAACCCUCCGACGGAGCUUCGGGAGCAGAGGAAGGCGGCUCUAAUAAAAAGGAUGAAAAAGAAAAUCAGCUGAAGCGUAUUAAGAGUAGGGAAUUGCGAGGCGGAGUCAUGUAUUACAGUUGCCACUGUAUCAAGCGAAACGGUUUGCAACACGACUGCCGUCGUACCGGGUGCGGUGGAGAGCCAGCGUGCCUGGUGUUGCCCGACCCUGUGUGUCUCCCCAGCCAGCUCGCGCGAGCGCGCGGUCUCGCGGACCCUGCUCCGUUCGCGGCGCACAUGCAGGCCGCGAGUGGUGGCGGCGGCGGUGCUUCUUCGGGAUCUGCGGCCGGUGGAGGCAGUGGCAAAAGAUUUAUCGUUUGCGAGCUGAAGGGUAUUUCGCCAGAUGCUUCUUCAUCAGAUAAAGGAGGAAAAUGCUGUAAGUGUCCCUCCUCUCAACCUGCACCAACGCAAAGCUCUGGUGUUGGGGCCUGCAUUUGUCCACCCAUCACGGUUGUAAAUCAACCACAGUUUAAUGAAACUCUAAAAGGGCCAUCAAAGUGCCCGUGUUCUACCGGUGGCGGGAGUGGUGGUGGUAGCUCUCUUGCUGAUCAGUUGUCGAUGUUUAUAUUUGAUGAGGCAACACUUGCAAAAAUAUUUCAAAGUUUUGAUAAAAAGGAAGUGUCACAAAAUGCAGGUGGUGGUGGUGGUUAUGGUCGCAAAGAAAAGAAGCCUAUCCCUAAACCGGAGCCUUGUACUAGGCCAGGUUGCAUUCACUGGCAGCCGCCGCCGCCGUGCGUAUGGGAUCUGCCCUGCAAAGCAGAUUGUUUCGAAGCCCAUCCUGGAAUCCAGCCGGGCCGCAAUACGUACAUGAGGGAUGGGAUGAUUGAGGGUGGGACUGGGCGUGGCGGAGGUCCAGGCCAACGAUCCGGGAUAGUAAUGCUGUCCCCUGGGGAUUGUCAAUGAUUUCUAACUCGAGACUAUU